ACAUAAACUAUUUUACAUUUUUCUUAGUCUAUACAUUUUUACGGAAUUAAACUUUUUAAAAUACAUUCCUACGUGUAGUCCAGAAUAGUUAGCACAUGUCUUCUAGUAAAAUUUUCUAGAUUUUCUCUAUUUUCCAUCUCUUCUAUCAUUUCAGUGUAUAGGCCCACUACACACCAUUUGUCUCAUUUGCACAGUCAAUUUUUAGAGAAGAAUUAUAGGCUAAUUUAAAAUUUACUUUUAUAUAAACAUUCUAAUACUAAGAUAAGCAUGAAUUUAGGAAAUAUAAAUCUUACAUUAAUAUUGUUAACAAAUGUAAGAAAAUAAAUGUCAUUACAGUUCUAUGUUUUAUUACUAUAUACACAGUUACAACUAUUUUACAAUUUUCUUAGUCUUUAAAUUUUUUUACGGAAUGAAAUUUUUCAAAACAUCCACCGAUGUGUAGUCCGGGUUGGCUAGCACAAGUCUUGCAGUAAAAUUUACUACGUUUUCUUUCUUUGCCAGCCCUUCUGUCACUGGAUACUGCGCAGUCUUUCGUACAUAACCUUACUGCCUGCACUGAGCUUUGGCGCUAAAACGAUUCAAAAGCUGCUCGAUAGGUUUCAGCACUCACCUUUCAUUAUAAAACAAAUAGAAUAUUAGAAAAUAACUGCUAUGUUUAGUGGCCAGUGGUGCUGGCCUUACGAGCUAUGGACGUAUUAUAUAUUGGCCAGUACAGCUGGACAUACGAGCUAAGAUAACAUUACAGCAAAAAUAAUCCGCGCUCCCGACAAAAUGGCGGCGGCCAGUAGAGCUGGCCAUACGAGCUCCAAGGACAAAUAACAAAUACUACCUUCGAGCGCAAAGGGUUAACAACUCUAGAAUCCAAAACAUUUUAAUUGAAUUUUAUUUAUCAUAACACACUUCAAACAAAAAAUCCAACUAGCAGGAUUGUUUCCAAUCACCUUUCCCUAAGUGGCAGUAGUUAAGAUUUAAUGACAACCACUCCUUUAUUAGCUAUGAAACAACCUAGUUAAUACAAUCAUUUCAAUACUUCCAGUUUGUCUUGACUUAAAAACUUAAACAUAUACUUUCAAAUAAGAAUGAAGAUAAGCAGGACUACAACUCUAUUUUAAACUUCUAUAUGUAUUAAAACAUUAAUUGAAAUCCACUACAUUGUAAUAAAACUAAGAAUAUUCUAGUUUGUAUUAGUAAAUUUGUGAAAACCAGGUCUUUGACAUUUUAUUUAAUCCAAGACAAAGAAGUACAAUUCAGUAUAUGCAUAGGUUUUUUUUUUAAAUAAAAUACAGUAACUUGUUAAGUGGACUUUUCAGUGACCAAACAAUUUAUGAUGUUCUUUAAUCACACAAUUUUGAAACUUACUUAAUUUGAAUAUCUUCAAAUUUUUAAAGCAGAAAUUGUGUUUAGCUUCAAAAAGUACAAUCUUAAAGCAAUUUUAUUUUACCUAUGAUCAAUAAUUAUAUUACAGAUAGGUCAAUGAAGAUGAUUAAUUUUGUAAUUAUAUCCAAAUGAUUGGUUUGACUGGUGUAUUUUCUUAGUACAAAUAACACGUACUUCUUUCAGUGGAAUUUUUCUUUGCGAAAUCACAAUUUGCAGAUACAUCUUCUUAUCUUAUUUGGCAAACGAAAUUUAAACAUCCAGGUCUAGAGGCUCAGAGGUAUCAGGCCCUAAAUCAUGAGUGAGAUAAGUCUGGCAGUUUCCACACAACAGUCUCAUCUCGAGUUACCAUGGGAAAACCAUCAAAAGAAUCAGGUGAUCUAGUGGAAGACCACGAGGGGAGGCAGAAAAGCUGGAGUCACGCUGUUGUCAAAGCUAUUCAUCACCGCGUUCCCAUCACUCGCUGGAUUUGGGAAUAUAACAGGGUGGAUGCUGUGUCAGACCUGAUAGCAGGAGUAACUCUGGGCCUCACCAUUAUACCACAGAGCAUCGCCUACUCUUCCCUCGCCAACGUUCCUCCCCAGUAUGGUCUCAAUUCAGCCUUCAUGGGAUGUUUCGUGUACAUCGUGUUCGGGACCAUCAAGGAGGUAUCAAUCGGGCCAACCUCGCUCAUGGCCCUGCUCACGGCAGAGUACACCAGCCACCUCUCACCGGAUUUCGUUGUCGCUCUUUGCUUUUUCGUCGGCUGCGUAGAAUUCCUCAUGGGGGUUCUCAAGCUUGGAUUUCUACUGGACUUCAUCUCCAUUCCUGUGACUUCCGGUUUUCAAUCGGCCACGUCCAUUAUCAUCAUCCUAUCACAGGUGAAAGGCAUUCUGGGAGUCAGCUUUAAGUCCUGCAGUUUCCAUGACAACGUGUACCAGUUGAUACUCCACAUCAAAGAGACUAAGUUAACUGCAGACUUCUCUCUUGGGAUGGGUUGCAUCGUCUUUCUUCUCCUCAUGAGGAAAUUGAAAGACAUUCCAAUUGAGGGAAAUACAACUACGAAACAAGCGAUAAAAAAGACAUUAUGGUUACUGUCUAUAUCUCGCAACUUCAUUGCUGUCGUUAUUUCAGCCAGCAUCGCUUAUUAUUAUGAGACGACCGUAGGUCGUGUCCCUUUCAGUCUUUCAAGAGCGGUACAGCCAGGCUUGCCACCCUUUCGGUUUCCCAAUCUCACUCCUGUUCUGGGUAACCACACCUACACAGUGCCUGAGGUGAUGGAGGAGCUCGGAAUGGGAAUUGUUAUCCUUCCAACCAUCGCCGUAUUAGCUAAUGUCGCCAUUGCAAAAGCAUUCAUCACUGGAGGAACGAUAGAUGCCACCCAGGAGAUGUUGACCCUCAGUUUCUGCAACAUCCUCGGGUCGUUUUUUCAGUCAGUUCCGACUUGCGGGGCCUUCACUCGCAGCGCCGUAGCCAGUGCCAGCGGCAUCCGCACUCCCUUGGCGGGACUUUAUUCUGGUGUGCUGGUCAUGUUAGCUCUCACGUUCCUAACUCCAUACUUCCAUCUGAUACCCAAAGCAACGCUCUCGGCUGUUCUGAUAUCAGCAGUUUUCUUCCUCAUAGACUAUCAGAUACUCUGGCCUUUGUGGCACACCAACAAGCGUGAAAUGGUUAUCGUGUUGGUAACCCUGAUCAGCUGUCUAGUCCUGGGAGUUGAGUUGGGUCUCUUUCUGGGUAUAAUCCUGAACGUCUGUCAUCUCAUCUACAUAUGGGCAAGACCGCACAUCUCUGUCGCAACUAGAAAGGUAUACCUAGAGCAAGGAGUGAAGGAGUACAUCCUUGUCACUCCCACUAUCGGAAUGUACUUCCCUGCCGUGGAUGUAAUCUGUAACCGUCUCCAAGACGCAGGGCUAGAGAAGGGCGCAGGGGUAACCCCUGUGGUGCUCAACUGUGUCCACUUCACCUCCAUUGACUUCUCUGCCGCUAAGGCCUUCGCCGGUCUCGUUAGAGACUUCAGCAGCAGAGGACAGGAGAUAGUGUUCCUCGAAGCGUCCCCGAAGAUGGUCCGACUGUUCAAUUAUGUCGGGUGUAAGAACGCCAAAUGCUGCAACUCUGAAGUGGAGCUCGAGCACGUGCUCUUCGGUGUCGUUCCCCUAGGUAAUCGCAGUUCAAAAUCACUGCAGGGGAGAGCCACUGACAACCAUGAAGUGAUUCCCUUGAUGGAUCACUCCGAGAAUCACAGGACCAGCAUAGAGAUGAGAAUUGUCAAAACAUGAAAUUUCCCUCAUUUCCCCGCAGCUAACUGCUGAUUACAGAAACCCGAUCACUCAUAUAAUAUUGCUUUUGAAAAAUAAAGCUCUCUUUUCAUUUGAACAGAAUGGAAUAAAUUUUAGCAUUUCAGUGCAUUUUUGCACUAUUGCUGAAUAAUGUAAUUGGAAAUUGAAAGAACAGAUUUUAAAUAGUUUUCAAACCCAAAAAAGACAAUUGUAUAUUCCCAGGAUGUUUGACUGGAUUUCAGACAAUCUAUAAUCCAUUUUUCAUGGAUAUUAUCACUAAAUUAGUUAUAUGUAUGAUCCAAUUUUUUAUUUUUAGGUUUUAUUUAGAAUGUGUUUUGGUUUGUGUCAGUUACAAAUAAUUUUAACAAAUUUAAAUUAUUUAUUAAACUUUUAACUAUAUUUUAAAUAAACUUAUUUCAUUAUAAUAAUAACUUUAUAACAUUUGUAUGACUUGCUGAAAAUAUAAUAAAGAAUACUAUCAAACAGUUACACCUUAUGAUUAAACAUAAAACUUUGCUUUGAUCACCAAAAUAAAAAUAUGUAAUAUAUAUUUAAUUAUAUAUAGUAAUUCCAAAGAUUUAGCCAAAUCUUCAAUUGUAUUUCGAGAUCCAUUUUACGGAUUUAACUUGUAUUGGAGUAUAGCAGUCUAUAACUCUAAAAUGUAAGAUAACAUUCUAUACUAUGUAAAUAUAGUACACUUUAUGUGUUACAAACGAACUAAAGAACGCUCUAUAGUUAACUUUCGUAAGGAUUUAGUAGUUGAAGUUACACUUUUGUAAAUAAAUAUAUAUUGUUACAACUUGA